CAACAACCACUCCAACUAAAGUCAAAAUUACUCGCGGACAGAGCGCUAGUAGUAAAGUCGGUCGGUGUGCUUGCAAAGAAGGAAAAAAAUGCUCCGUAAUUUGAUUGCGGUGCGUUUGCGUUUUUGAUUAUUGUCCAAAAUUGGCCAAACGCGAAAACGGUGUGCAAAGUGGUGGCAAAAUUGCGUCCCUUUUCGGAUGCGAAGGAAAAGAUGAAAAGCUGCUGCGAGAGAUCAUUGGCAGCCACAGCACUUUUUUCGUCAUCAUCAAUGGAAGUAGGAUCUCGUCGUCAUCAUCAUCGACUUGUGAUCAGAAACAGAAACUAGCAACAGCAGCAUCAAAAAGUCAGGAAAAAGAUACCGAAGAUCAUUCAUUAUGGAGAACAAGAAGGCCGCAGCUCAUCGUCAUCGUCAUCGCUUUCGAGUGAUCAGUGGCUAUCAUCGGUGUCAUUAAAGUUUUUUGCCGUGUUUUGAGUGAUGACGAUUGUGACAGAUUCGAAUCAGUGAAUUUUCAUCUUCUGGUGGAAAAUUGUAAACAAAAUGUGAACUGGAAGAACGAAGAUUUUAUUAGGUACGGGAAGUUUUUGGCAACGAUAGCCAACCAAUCAAUCAUCAUUACCCACGGUGUACUAAAAUUAAGAAGUUUUAGCUGGAUUUUUAUUGAAAUUUAAGUGUUAAUAUAUAGUAGGAUAUCGUUAAAAAUUUUAUACGUUCAACCAGUUUGGCUCUUCAAAAUUCAAGAGUGUGUAAAUAGUGAUUCGCGGCAGAAGAAUAAUUUUACAAUUUUGUCGAUUCCUCACUCACAUUUACGCGAGUGCAAAAAAAGAAUUCAAUCUCAUCAACCGAGGAUUUCAGCAGAAGCUUGAGCUGCCUUGAAGAGGUGAAAAGCCGAAGCCAAAGGCGGAAACAAAUCGCGUCAAUCAAACGGGGAAACAAAACAAAUCAUUUCAGGAGCUCAGCUUCUUCAGCGCCCUCCCAAAACCGAAUGAGAUUGUCGCUGCAAUUACGACGACCAUGGGCAACUGCAUUGGAAUUAAUCGGAGCGAUCCGGAAACCCUCGAUACCGGAUCCGCCAACGUAACCCGGCCAGUGACGGGAAACACCUCCAGCUACGUCGGCACCCAGCGCAAAAAUCACCCGCUGUGCCACGAAACGAUCCGCUGGAAAUCGGAAGUGCCAUUAACGGAGGGGCAGCUGCGUAGCAAACGGGACGAGUUCUGGGACACCGCCCCAGCCUUCGAGGGCCGCAAGGAAAUCUGGGAUGCGCUGCGGGCAGCGACCAGUGCCGCGGAAGCGCUCGACUUCCAGCUGGCACAAGCCAUCCUGGACGGGGCCAACAUUUCCGUGCCCAAUGGCUACCUCACCGAGUGCUACGACGAGCUGGGGUCGCAGUACAAGCUCCCCAUUUACUGCUUAUCUUAUCCGAUCAACAUAGUUAAGGAGGAUUACGGACGUGACUCGCCAGCCGAGUACUCGGAACCUGUCGAUGGAGGCACCGAAAUAGUUCUGAAGUUGCGGCUUUCGUCCACCUGUACAGAUGUUAAAUUACCAGUUUAUUCUAAAGACACAAUCGGUCAAUGUAAAAAGAAACUCCAGGCCCAGGAAGGAAUCGAUGCAUUUACUCAGCGAUGGUUCUACGGGGGUAAGCUGCUAGGUGAUAAGAUGCACAUCGAUGAGGCCCACAUACAGCCCGGCUACAUAGUGCAGGUUAUUGUAAAUACCGAAAAACAAUCGUCCCUGGCAAUUAGCUAGCCAAGAAACAAUCGUCACUCACCACAAUCACACACCGAGGCGCGAUGCGGCAGAAUCAGGAGCACGGUGUCAAUCAAUGGCUGGAGCGGUGUGCAGGUAGCAGUCCUGGUGCCGACCAAUGGCUGUCAAACUCGAGAUGUGUUAAUAUAUGCUAAAUACUAUUGAAAUUGAAGUUUGAUGAAUUUGGUCAUUUUCGCUCUAAAGAUUCGCACAUGGUCGCAGAGGCUGCCUCUCAGGAGACGCAUGGUUGUGUUACGAUUCGCAGUUUUCAGGGUGUUGAAAACUAAUUAAAGAGUAAACCUAUCGAGUAGCGAUGAUGAUAACGUAUAGUGGGAGGAGAGAUGCGAAACUAAUUUAAGUAAUCAAAUAGUUAUUACAAUUACUGAUAAGAGGUAAUUAAUAUAUUAUUGAGAGAUAACAAAACAUAUUUAAAUUUUA